AUGUUAACAGUAAUAGGAUCAAUAUUUAUGGCUAUAGCAAAUACUUUUAUGAAAUUAGGAUUAAGUGACUCAAAAAAAAAAAAAUAUUUUUUUAGUAAUUAUUCUUGUGAUAUGAAAUGGUAUGUUGGAUUUGUUGUUUAUUGUUUUGGUUCAUUUUUGCAUAUAAUUGCUCUUGGAUUUGCACCUGCAAGUACUUUAGCACCAAUGAAUUCAUUUGGAUUAAUUGCAAAUGCGAUAGUAGCAAAUAUUUAUUUACAUGAAAAAUUAGGAAAAAUUGAAAUAAUAUCUACAUUAGGUAUAUUUUUUGGUAUUAGUAUAUGUGCAUGUGCAUCUUUCUUAUGUGAAACUGAGAAUGUACUUUUUAAUCCUUUUAAUAUAAUUGAGAGUUGGAAAAAUCCAUGGUAUAUUUUUUACAUUUUUAUUUCUAUAUUUUUAUCUUUUUUUACUUUGAUUUAUCUAAAUUAUGAGGAAAACAAGAUAAUAUUAGGAAAUGAAGAAAUUUAUGCUGCUAAGAAAUAUGUAGAGUUAAGUGUUUAUGAUGAAAAAAAAGAAGAAAUAGAAGAAAGUAAUAUGAACUCUUUGAUAAAUAAUAAAAAAAUAAAUGAAACAUUAAAUAUAUAUCCAAAAAGUAUAGGAUUAUCUUACGGUUUUUUAGCUGGUUUGAUUGGGUCACAAUGUGUUUUAGAAAUAAAAGAAAUUGUAGCAUUCUUAAAUAUCGGUUUAACAAAUAAGCAUAUAUAUAAAACUCCUUUACCACAUUUAUGUUUUAUAUUUCUUGUAAUAUCAAUUUAUUUGCAGAUACAUUUUUUAAAUUUAGGGUUAACAAGGGGUGAUGCAACUUUAGUUGUUCCUACUUAUUAUGUAUUUUGGACGUUUUUUGGAACAUUAGGAGGUUUAGUUAAAUUUAAUGAAAUUCAAAAUUUUAAUUUUAAUUCUAUUAUCUUAUUUUUAGUUGGAUUUGUAUUAACUGUUUUAUUUAUUUCUAUAUUAGCUGUACAAGAAAUAACAUUUUUACGUAAAUACGUAGAUAAAGAAGUCCCUGAUUUACCUUUAGAAAAUUUAGAUAUUCAUACACAAGUCUUGCAGAAUAAAAAAUUAUCAAAACAAGUUUUAUUAAAUAUGGGACUAUUUCCAGUUUCUCUACUUGGAACUACAGUUGGAAGAAAAAAAUUUCGUCCAUUAUAUGAGAGAUUUAGAAGAACAAGAAGCAUUUUAUCAGAUACUCACAUUGGAGAUCAGCAUUGUGAAUAUUCGAUUGAUAAUAAUAUAUAUAACGCCUAUACAUUACCUUAUGAUAUAUAUAAUACAAAUAAAGAUAAUUUUAAUGACAAAAAAAAAAAAAUAAGAAAUAAUGACAAACAAGUUGAAAAUACUUAUAUUUUUUGA